UACGCUGAGGCAGGCAGUUGCUACGACCGCUGGCGAACGGUGAAAUCAGAGAUUGUGACAUCAUUGCCGCAAAAGUUGAACUCGGGACACUUCGUAAGGAUAUCCAUUCAUAUCUGGAACUGUAUCGGCGUACUUAAGAUUUACUCAAACAGAAGACAUUACACGGGGGGAUUUCUAUACAAAUCUCUAAGGAUAUUCCAAGAGAAGAUGCCUUCCGAUAUAAUGGAAAAAAACUCAUCUUCUCCGGUUGCCGCGACUCCGGGGAGCAUGAAUACAACCCCCGAUAAACCCAAAACGGCUUCAGAGCACAGAAAGUCUUCUAAACCCAUUAUGGAGAAAAGAAGAAGAGCAAGAAUCAACGAAAGCCUGGGACAGCUGAAAACACUGAUCUUGGAUGCUCUGAAAAAAGACAGCUCCAGACAUUCUAAACUUGAGAAGGCAGACAUCCUGGAGAUGACAGUGAAACAUCUGAGGAACAUGCAGCGGGCACAAAUGACUGCUGCCCUGAACACGGAUCCCACCGUUCUUGGGAAAUACAGAGCUGGAUUCAGCGAAUGCAUGAACGAGGUGACCCGGUUCCUGUCCACCUGUGAAGGGGUUAACACCGAGGUCAGGACCCGACUGCUGGGUCACUUAGCCAGCUGCAUGACACAGAUCAACGCCAUGAAUUAUCCAACACAGCACCAGAUACCUGCAGGGCCUCAUCCGACCUUCAGUCAGCCCAUGGUUCAAAUCCCAAACGCGACUCAGCAAGCCAACGUUGUGCCCCUCGGUGGAGUCCCCUGCAAGAGCGGGUCUUCCCCAAAUUUGACUUCUGAUGCAACAAAACUGUACGGAGGUUUCCAGCUUGUACCCGCAACAGACGGACAAUUCGCUUUUUUGAUCCCGAACGCUGCCUUUGGCCCAAACGGCCCCGUUAUUCCAGUGUACGCCAACAACUCCAGCACACCGGUCCCAAUGGCCGUGUCUCCGGGAGCACCGUCCGUCACGUCAGAUUCCGUUUGGCGGCCUUGGUAGACUAUGACGUAAAAACUCUUAAAAGACUCUUAAAGACAAAUGACACUUGUUUUCUUUGAUCAGCGUUACUUUUUUGUUCUUUUUAUCAAAUGUGAUUUAAGAUAUAAUGCACUAUAUUUGUAUUUGUAUAGCAAGUUCAUAUUGAAAUAAGUUUUGUAUUGUUGAAUUACUUUCAUUGCAUUUUUAUAUUUGCGGUAUCUUUUCUACGUUGUGAUGCCAAAGAUAUGUAGAAUGCGCUUUCAAGUUUCUUCUUUUUGGAAGACAAAUAAAUGAAAUAUAAAAAAACA